UCUGCCUGUGCCACAGUCCACUGAAACACUGGCCAAAAUGUGUUUGUUAGCAUGAAGUGGACGUUAUCUGAGCAGCCAUGUCAGAAAUUAAAAAGUGGGCGUUCUGGAUGGCAGUUCUGGCUGAGUUACUGGGAAUGAUCAUCCUAAUCUUCAUCGGCCUCUCGGCUGCAAUAGGGGACCGAAAUAAUUCCUACCCUGACCAGGAGAUAAAAGUGGCAUUUGCCUUUGGCCUGGCCGUUGCCACAUUAGCCCAGUGCAUAGGUCACAUUAGCGGUGCCCACCUGAAUCCGGCCAUCACCCUCGGCCUCCUGGUCAGCUGCAAGAUGAGUUUGCUCAGAGCCCUUUUCUACAUGAUGGCUCAGAUUGUGGGAGCAGUGGCUGGCAGUGCUAUUGUGUAUGGUAUCAGGCCAGAAACCACAGACUCACUCGGUGUUAACAAGCUGAAUGAAAUCAGCCCUGGUCAAGGUUUUGGUGUAGAAUUCCUGCUCACCCUCCAGUUGGUCCUGUGUGUGCUUGCAGUCACUGACAAAAGACGGGAUGUCAGUGGAUCUGCACCUCUGGCGAUCGGACUGUCUGUAGCGCUGGGACACCUCGCGGGGAUCAGCUUCACAGGAUGCGGUAUUAACCCAGCUCGAUCCUUUGGGCCUGCAAUUAUACAAGAGUCUUUUGAUGACCAUUGGGUAUACUGGGCAGGACCACUGAGUGCUGGUGUGGCGGCAGCUCUUCUGUAUAAUUAUCUGCUGGCACCCACAGAUGAGCCCCUGAGUGAAAAAACAAAAGUCCUGUUCUGCUGUGGCUCAGCACAGGAAAAUCAAAUUCAUGAGCCUCUUCUGGAGGAUGUUUAA